AUGACCUAUAAGCUUCUCCAUGGAAAUAAAUUAAUCUCUAGUCCUUUGCCGGACGGCGUCGUAGUGGGAAAAAUCAAGCAAGAGAAGCAAGGAAACAAGACCAAAGACGAGGGGAAGUUCGUGGACCUCCCGGGAGCGGAGACGGGCAAAGUCGUGGUCCGCUUCCCGCCCGAGGCGAGCGGGUACCUCCACAUCGGCCACGCCAAGGCGGCCCUGCUCAACCAGUACUACCAGAAGAGUUUCAGCGGGAAGCUCAUCAUGCGCUUCGACGCCAUCAAUCCGGAGAAGGAGAAGGCCGACUUUGAGCAGGUCAUCCUGGAGGAUCUCAGGCCCGCUCAGAAAGACCGAAGUAUAGGCAUCAAUCAACAGGUUGAAUUUCGAUGA